UUCGUCUAGAGCCAACCAACGGAAUCUCCUCGAAGAGCUAAGGUCGAUCGGGCUAGCCUGGCCGAUAGAUGUCGUAGGAUCGUGUCUACGAGCGCGCGGUCGUUCGUCCAGGAAGAUGAGAGUCCGGAAGGGAAUCGGCCGGAAGAAACGCGGCGUCGACGGAUCGGCGACCUGACGAGAAGCUGGCAACGAUCGAAGGGGAGCGGAGCUUCGUAGGUGGAAAAAAUGAACGAAAGCGCGGUCUAUCUGCUCGGAUCGGAAGAAGAGGCAAUCGUACCGAGCAAUCAUUUGAACAGAAGCUUCUACAACGCCGGUUAUCCGCCGCAGAAUCGCACUUACGAGGAUCUGUGGCACUUGGCGACGGACAGGGCCGGUCUAGCGAUACUCUUGUUCCUGUUCUCGGUGGCCACCGUGUUCGGUAACAUGCUGGUGAUCCUGGCCGUGGUCAGGGAGAGAUAUCUUCACACGGCGACCAAUUACUUCGUCACGUCCUUGGCGUUCGCCGAUUGUCUCGUCGGAUUGGUGGUGAUGCCGUUCAGCGCUAUCUACGAGGUGCUCGAAAAUCGUUGGCUCUUCACGACCGACUGGUGCGACGUUUGGCGGUCGUUGGACGUCCUCUUCUCGACCGCCUCGAUCCUUAAUCUCUGCGUGAUCAGCCUGGAUCGUUACUGGGCGAUCACCGAUCCGUUCACCUACCCGAGCAGAAUGAGCCGAAGAAGAGCGGCGAUAUUGAUCGCGAUCGUCUGGAUCUGUUCGAGCGCCAUCUCGUUUCCGGCGAUCGCCUGGUGGCGAGCGGUGAGGACCGAGGAGGUGCCCGAGGACAAGUGUCCGUUCACCGAACACCUCGGCUACUUGAUCUUCUCGUCGACCAUCAGCUUCUAUUUGCCGCUGUUCGUGAUGGUGUUCACCUACUACAAGAUCUACAGAGCCGCCGUGAUCCAGACCAAGAGCCUGAAGCUGGGCACCAAGCAGGUGAUAAUGGCGUCCGGUGAAUUGGAGCUGACUCUGAGGAUACAUCGAGGAGGCGGGACGAACACGGACGCCAGGCAUCUGUUCCGUACCGCCUCGAGCACACCGGAAGAUCUGCAAGAUCUCGAGGAACCUCUGACGGCCAUGCACAACAAUUGUCUGACCAGGGUGCCGUCCACCAGAAUCAAUAAACAACACCUAGGGAAGAACUUCUCGUUGUCGCGAAAACUCGCGAAAUUCGCGAAGGAGAAGAAGGCCGCGAAGACGCUGGGCAUCGUGAUGGGAGUGUUCAUCAUAUGUUGGCUACCGUUCUUCGUGGUGAACCUGUGGUCGGGUUUCUGCUCGCAGUGCAUAUGGCAAGAGGAGAUCGUGUUCGCCGCCGUUACGUGGCUCGGCUGGAUCAACAGCGGAAUGAACCCGGUCAUAUACGCUUGUUGGAGCAGAGACUUUCGAAGAGCUUUCGUGAGAAUUCUAUGCGCCUGCUGUCCCAGACGGAUGAGACGGCGAUAUCAACCGGCAUUCAGAUGUAAACCGAGUCAAUACGUUUCCGGAGCGAAUACCGGCGGCCAGGCCAGCAGCGUCAGCUACAGCAGCGUCAGUCAAAGUAGCGAGGGUGGCACUGCGACUGCGCUACCCAGUGGAGGGAUAUGACGGCACACGGGGGCCCGGACAGGGCCUCGUCGGGAACGCGCGAUCCGUUUCCGGGACACGUGAUUGUAGGCUCGUUUGCGAACGGUCGUACCCGGAUUUCAUCUGGAUGUGCUUCUUCGAAAGAUCCGGGACGAAACGGCAAGGAAUUGAACGAGAUCUCGAAACGAACGACGACGGCUCACCGGCCCCCUUAACGGGACAAAUCGAAAAGUCGUGCGAAGACAUCGCGACGUACCCUUGCGUAAUAAUAUCCUAUCGUCGAGUUUUACGUGACGAAAAGUGGACCACGAGGAAGCGUGACGAACAACGUACCCUUGUUUCGCUCGUUGUACAGUGUAAUCUCGCUAUAUGAUCCUAUACGAGGUUAUCGGAACGAAAACACUCGUGGAAUAGGCCAUAUAAACGGAAUUCUUUCCACUGCCGAUGGCUCUCCCCGUCUUCUUGCACAUACGUGACAAACAUAAAGUCGGUGAAGUAAAUGUAUGGACAAUCUACUUUGAUCAUCCACCCAUAACCUCGCAAAAGUUGUGAUUGCAUUAAAAUCACGCGUAAAAUGAUGCGUAUAUUUACUUCGCCGAUGCUACAUUCUUCGCGCAUGCGCACGGAAACGCAUCCCGUCUCGCAACACUGAUCUCCAUGCGCUACGACAGCGAGAGUGCGCCACUCGAUAAGGACAUACAGCGGGAAUUUACUGUAUAUGUAUAUAGAAGCAACGUAGUUUCGCAUUUUGUACCUCCGACGGAAGAAGGAUCUAGCGAAUCGAAUCGCGAACCGACAGCGCCAUAAAUCGAGUCGAAUCGGUCGUUUUUGUUUUUACGUUCGGAUAUCUUUGACACUUGGUAGCCUCUUAGCGAAUCUCUGUGAAUCGUGCAUCGACGGAUGCGACAUCGGUGUAGCGAGAAGACUGCGGCGACUUUUUGCAUGAAUUACGCGUUACUCGCUUCGUUUCUGCCCCUUGUUAAACGACAAACAUCCUGUUCCUAAUCGAGUCGAGAGUAGCGAAAAGACUGACAAUCGGAAACCGUCGAACGAAACUGAUCGCCGUAGUCGUUUCCUGAACGUAUUUACGACAAGACUAACGUAGCGUAAAACGAGUACCAAGGCCGAUGUAACUUAAUCAACGGAUGCAAUAACAAGGUCAUAGACUAGAUUAAAUUAAAGCGAAUUUUAUUUCGGAGUAAUUGACGGUGGUUGAUCAUUUGCUGUCGCCAAUUCAAUUUUAAACGUGUUCUUUCGACUACUCGGAAGUCGUUAAACGUCAAAUCUGUUGCUUGUUUUCCAAUCGAUUCCGUUCGAUUAUCGUGAUAGACAAUCUUUAUUCGAUAAAAAGAAGUAACAUUUUCUCGUCUACUUUAUAGAUGACACUGACUAUUUUUGCGACGUAAUUGUUUUUUUUACGAAAGUUGAGACGAGUAUCCAUCGAUGUAUAUAAAGCAUUGCCAUGUAAUUGUAAAUAUUAGAAAACCGUGAAGUUAGCUAUUUAAAACGUAUAAAUGUAUGAAACACUGUAAGAAAGCGCGUGCUCAAUGGAAAUAUACGCACAUGCUUGUUCGAGUAAAAAUAAAUUCAGUAUUAUUGCGUAUUGAUUCUAUCCUGUCGUAUUACAAAAUCGUACUAAAAAUUUGCUUACUUUUGACAGCGAUACAUUCAUAAUUUUCGCGUAAGACAUUUGAAUGUUCAUCGGCGGUAUCACGAAAAAAGAAUGGGAAAUUGUGCACUAUCAAAAUGAAUGAUUCACUUACCCCAGCUGACAGCUAAACGAAGACUGCUCCUGCUCCGUUCGUACUAUCUAAUUGCUGAAUUUUCCUACAGAUCCAAUGGGUUCUUGUUAUUUCAACCACUUUUCACACUGUACACACUUAUUUCACUUUUUAAUCACUCGUGAUAAACAAAAAACAACGGAUUGCCAAAGUAAUCGCGGUUUUCGAAACAAUUCGUUGACGCGAAAUGUGCCGUGCGCGAUUGGUCGGCGUCGUAACGACUCUAGUCAUCCUAGAUACUGUAAGCUAAAUAUUUGAGAGUUUAACGAUAUCAAAAUUUGUUCGUAAAAAAUGAUACAUUAAUAAACAAUGAAAAACUUUA